AUGGUGCGAAAGCUCAAGCAUCAUGAGCAGAAACUACUGCGCAAGGUCGACUUUGUCAACUAUCCUUCCGACGACCAGCACCGUGCCGCAGCAGUCCUCCGACGAUACUCAGUUCAGAAUCCAUCCGACUACAGCUCAUACAACCGUCUCGCGGGAAAGUUGAGGCACCUGGCGCAUCGCAUCGCGCUUCUACCUCCCGAGUCGCCAUUUCGAAGGAAACAGGAGGAUUUGCUCUUGGAGAAGUUGCACGAUAUGGGCCUGCUAGGCAUCGGCGGAGGUGGCAAGGGCAAGCUGAGCGAUGUUGAGAAGAAGGUAACCGUAUCGGCCUUCUGUAGGAGAAGACUUGGUGUUGUCAUGACCCGGUUGAGGAUGUCGGAGACGGUCAGCGCGGCGAACAAGUUCAUCGAGCAGGGCCAUGUGAGAGUGGGAACAGAAGUGGUCACCGAUCCGGCUUUCCUCGUCAAUAGGUAUGCGAUUGAGCAAGACUCGUUUCCAAAAGCUCUAGUACUGACUGCAAGUAUAGGAACAUGGAAGAUUUUGUCACCUGGGUCGACUCUUCGAAGAUCAAGCGGAACAUCAUGAAGUACCGGGAUAAGUUGGACGAUUUCGACCUUCUCUGA